AUGUCUGACUUCCAAGGGCCCAGAAUCGCCAUCAUCGGCAUCGGCAAGGUCGGCGCCGCCGUCGCCUACUCCAUCAUCCACAAGCAAAUCGCCAGCGAGGUGCUCAUCCUCGACCUCAAGGAGGACUUCCAGGACGCCCAGGUGCAAGACCUCCGCGACUCGACCAGCUUCGGCGUCUCGCCGCGCGUCCGCCCGGGCACUUGGAAGGAGUGCGGCCAGUGCGACAUUAUCGUCUUCACCGCCGGCACCAACCAAAAGGCCGGUGAGUCGCGCCUGGCCUUGCUGCAGCGCAACCUGGGCGUCAUCCGCGGCGGCUUCGAAAAGAUGGCGCCCUUCAAGGAGGACGCCAUCCUCGUCAUGGUCACCAACCCGGUCGACAUCAUGACCUACUUCGCCGUCAAGUACUCGGGCCUCCCCGCCAGCCAGGUCUUUGGCAGCGGCACCAUCCUCGACACCACCCGCCUCAAGGAUGCCAUCGCGCAGCGCGCAAAGGUGGCCCCCCGCGCCGUCCAUGCGUACGUUAUUGGCGAGCACGGCGACUCCCAGACCAUCGCAUGGUCCAACAUGGCAAUUGGCGGCAUCCCGGUCGACCAGGUCCUCCCGCUCGAUGCCGAUGAGCGGCACGAGGUGGCCGAGUUCGUGCGCUUCAAGGCCGACCGCCUCAACAAGGUCAAGGGCGAGACGUCGUUUGGCAUCGGCGCCGUCAUCUCGUCCAUCUGCACGUCGAUCCUGCUGGACGAGCGCCACGUGCUGCCGCUCAGCCACUACCACGCCGAGCACGGCAUGUGCUUCAGCAAACCGGCCGUGGUCGGGCGUCGCGGCAUCGUCCGCUCGCUCGACGUGCUGCUGGACGAGGACGAGCAGGCCUCGGUGGAGAAGUCCAUCAACAAGCUCAAGACGGUCGCGUACGCGACAGAGAACCCCGAGCCCGCGAUUGCGAGCCGCCUAUAA